AUGUACGCUAAUGAAGCUGCAGUGAUGGGCACUGAUAGGCUGCACUGAUGGGCACUGAUAGAUGGCACUGAUGAUGAGGCACUGGUAGCCAGGGGCAGACUGACAAUUCAUGGGGCCCCCGGGCAAUAGGGGAUCAUGGGGCCCCUGUGUCCUUUCCCAAACUCAAAAAGCCUAUGAAAAAGGUACCGGGGGCAUCCCAUGGGGCCCCAUACUGACCCCGGGCCUUUGGGCAGUGCCCGAGUUUCCAAAUGGUCAGUCGGCCCCUGGG